AUGUUAAAACACAUAUUCGUUGCGGCCACACUUUGGCUGUCUUUGGCCACUGCUUCUGGUGAAAGAGGAUCGCCUCUAUCAUUAUCAGUUGAGGAGACUCGCCCGCCAUUAUCGAACCAAGCGUCCCUGUCCGAGGAGUUGCAACUUGUAGUAUCGUCUUUCAUUGCAACUGAACCGGAAGAAAAAGCAUUGGCCCACCAGUUUCAAAAUCGUAUUUCGAAUUUAUCCGUCACACUGGACGCAUUAUCGUCUGCAUCUAACGUUACUGGAUCCCCCCAGAAGGCUGUUGUGGCAUGUAUCAUCUCGAGCUAUCUGUUCCCAGGGGCAGCCAUCACUCAAGAGCCAGAGUAUACUCAGGAAAGGGAGGCACACUGGUCUCAAACAUGUUGGCUUCCGGCAGCCUGUUUCAUCCGACCUAAAAACACACUAGAAGUCGCUGCCACUAUGAAGGUGAUAACCCAUCUAGGUGUGAGGUUUGCCGUUCGAGGGGGUGGACACAACGCCAACUCCGGAUUUGCGAGCGUUGGUGACAACGGAGUGCUCAUUGACAUGCAAGAUCUUAAUCGACUGGAGGUGCAGGGAGGUGCAGACGGAAAUCUCAUCACUGGGCCUGGCAACAGAUGGAGCAGAGUUUAUGAAUAUCUUAGCACUAACUACGGACGUGCAGUCGUUGGCGGGCGCACCGGUGAAGUGGGCGUGCCUGGUUUCCUGCUUGGCGGAGGCAUGUUCUUUUUCCCAAACAUGCACGGCCUAGGAGCGGAUAACGUGGUGAACUUCAAGUGUGUCCUCGCGAAUUCGACCGUGGUCAACGCAAACCAGACAAGCCACACUGAGCUCUUCAAGUCCCUCAAGGGGGGUGCGGCAAACUUUGCAAUCGUAACCGAGUUCACUCUACGUACUUAUCCGAUCCGAGAUGUCUGGUACGCGAUUGACUUCUACGCAAAUGCCGACUACAAAGCAGUGCUCAAUGCGACGAUCCAGACGCAGCUUGCGAUGGAGAAGGACCCAAGAAUAGGAUUCCAUGCAAAUGUGCAACCUGGUGGGAUACUAGUCGGCAAGGUCUAUGCAAGCGUCGAUGGCCAAGCCGUGAACCCAAGCAGUUUUGCAGCAUUCGAUGGCAUCAAGCCAAUGACUGUACUUGUUCCCCCGACAAACGGAACACUUGCCGACAUAGCAAGCUCGUUGGGUCCAAUCGUUGCUGUGAGGAGAGAGCCACAUGUUGUCAGCUACGAAUUAUCUUUGGACUUGUAUACCGAUGUGUACGAAAGAUACAGAAGUAUACUGAACAGCUCAAGCGCACCAUCUGCGAACCUGUCUUACACAAUCCAACCGAUGGGCUCCGCUGCUGUUGCGGCCGGGAAGAUGCAGGGUGGUAACAUUAUGGGGAUUCCCCAAGUGCCUCAAAGCUGGCACGCCUCGCUUGUGGAGUGGUCAUCUCUUGACGAUGAUCAGGCCGCACAUGAUAUGCUCCAAACUUACGGAGCCGAUGUCAAAUCUCUUGCGGAAGCGAGGAACGUAUAUCUGCCAUACCAGUUCAUGAACGAUGCCUCGUACACUCAAAAUCCACUCGAGACCUAUACAGCUGAAAAUUUGGCUAUUAUGCAGGACGUUAGCUCGGCAUACGACCCUGCGGGAAUUUUCCAGAGGUUACAGAAUGGCGGGUUUCUUCUAAGGAAUGUUAGAAGACGAACCCCGGCGAGGUCCGUACACCACAAACGGUUCUUGCAUCAUAAGAGGCAUUAG